AUGGGAAGACUAGCUGGAGGCUCUCGGGCCAGCAACAGCAAGCAGCGUGCAAGUGCUGCGGCUUCUGCUGCCGCUGCUGCUGCUGCGGCAGCAGCUGCACAGUUAGCUGCGUCUGGUGGCGUUGCGAACGGCACUGCGUCGCAGCAACAGCAGCAGCAGCAGCAGGAACAGCAGCAGCAGCAGCAGGAGCAGCCAGCAGUCCUAUGCGGAAGUUCAGGGGCAGUAAUGGGCAGCAGCGAGUCAGAGACCGCCACGACAGCCCAGACGGGCAAUGCGUCACCAGCAGAUGAGCCAGCAGCAACAGCGUUGCAGCAGCAGCAUCGCCAGCAACCGUUGCUGCGGCAGCGGCAGCAGCAGCGACAGCAGCAGCGACAGCAGGAACAGCUGCAGGAGCGGGUAAACGGUCGUAGGACAGAGGCCUCUGAGGCCUCCGAAGAGUCCCCCUUAGCAUCAUUUGUGAACUCAGCUAAUGGGGCGGACACGGCAGCAGCAGCGGCAACAGCAGCAACGGGAGGAGCAGGAGCGUCUACACCAGCAUUAGCAGCAGCAGAAACAGGAGCUGCUGCUACUUCUGCUGCUGUUGAGGAUCCUGUGACGUCUCCAGGGCAAGUGCCCGUCCGCUCUGCAGUGUCUGGGGAGCGGAACGGUGUUGGGUUCUCGUCUCUGUGCAGCAGCAAGCUGCUGCUGCAGCAGCAACAACUGCAGCAGCAGGAUGAGGUGGAAGAGUUGCUGUCACUGCAGGAGCAGGAGGAGGAGCAGCAGCAGCAGGAGCUGGCUGCGUUGGAGCUGCAGCAGCAACAAGAGGCCCGCACCCCAUCUAUUAGCAGCGAAGGAGAUGUCUUCGACUCGUUCACGUUGCUGCACACAGAUGAGAGCCAUACAUUGUCUCAUUGUGCUGCAGCAGCAGCAACAGCAGCAGUAGCAGGCGCCUGCCACCCCACGAAGCCCCGCACGUGCAACCGCAUAGACUGCCCCCAUCUGGCCCACGGACCCGCUGCUGCUGCUGCUGCUGCUGCUGCAGCAACGGGUCUUUCCUGUGUUAGCCGCCGCAGCACUUCUGCCGCAGACACGUUAGGAGACUCUACAGACGCAGUGCUGCUGCCUGAGGAGGCCUCCAUUGGGUUGGCGCGGCCGCGUGGUCGGGCCGUUUGCUGCUGCUGCAGCACGGGCGGGGGGCUGAACAGCAGCAACAGCAGCAGCAGCAGUAGUAGUAGCAGCAGCAACAGCAGCAGCUUCAACGUGGCGUCUACAGGUGCCCAGCAGGUGCUGUGUGCGGAGUGCUGCUGCUGCUGCUGCGGGGACGUCCUGAAGCAGCUGCUGCAGGCUUCCUUUUGGGGGGGCCUUUGUGCAGCAGAGCGCAUGCGGCGUCGUAUAGAGCUGCGGGUGACGGAGGCGGUGAGCAGCAGCAGCAGCAGCAGCAGCAGCAGCACCAGCUUCUUAGUGGGUCCUUCGCUCUGGUCACGCGCUUCUUUGUAUGCUGUAACAGGCACAGUUGAGGGUGUGGGGCCGUUUGCUGUGCGGCGGAGACACUGCGACUUCCAGUGGCUGCAGCAACAGCUGCAGCAGCUGCUGCCGGGGGUGUUUAUACCGCCGCUGCCGAAGAAGCAGGGCCUCAGCUGCAAGGGGGAGACAGAGAGUGCAGCAGACAGGAGACAGGGCCUUUGUUCUUUUCUUACUAGAGUGCUUAAUCGCCCUCACCUCGCCAACACUUCAGUUGUCCGCGCCUGGCUGGAGGUCACCCCCUCCAGCAGCAGCAGCAGCAGCAGCAGCAGCAACAGCGGCGACGGAGCGUUUUCUAUUGAGGCCCUGAAGCAGCGUAGACAACACAUGACCGAGCUUCAGAGGCUAGAAGAACAGCUGGCGGAGUACAAACGAACCUUCGCUGCGGAAUUGGCUGCUGCUGCAGCUGCUGCUGCGGCGGCGGCGGCAGGAGCUGCUGCUGCAGCAACGCCAGCAGCAGCAGCAGCAACGGCCACUUCGCCGUCGUCAAAGUCUCCGCCGCCUCCGUGUUGGAGUUCAGGACCCCCUUCUCCCGCGACGGCUGCAGCAGCAGCUGCUGCUGCUGCUGCUGCGGCAGACGCGGGGCCUCGCAUGGCUGCCAGCAAAGCCCUGGUGUCUCACCACCUGCAGUUUCUCUCGCUCCUGCAGCGACACUUGCGACGCAUUUGCAAGCUGCAGCAGGAGCAGCAAGGCAGCAUGGAAGCGCUGCAGGCAGCGCUGUUAGAUCACCGCCUCGCAGACCCGCUGCAGCAGCUGCUACAGCCCUUGCAGCAACAGCAGCAGCAGCAGCAGCAACAGCAGACACAGCAGCAACAGCAGACACAGCAGCAACAGCAGACACAGCAACUCAGUACCACCGCUAGUGAGACUUCGGAUGCAGCUUGUGGCCUUGCAGCAAAGCCGGAGCAACAGCAACAGCAGCAGAAAGAGACCCGCGGCAGCGGAGUGACGCCUAGCCGCAUAUCUCAGCAGCAGCAGCAGCAGCAAUGUGUGGAUGCGAACAUCGUCGUGUGUGCUUCGACGGCCUCCGCUAACCCAGGCAAACAGCAGCAGCAGCAGCAGCAGCAGCAGCAGGUGCUGCUGCAAGGGUUUCGAAUAUCGGGAAGCGACGCUUUGCAGGACUUGUCUUCUGUUUUGUUCUUCUGUGGGAUGUUGGGUCAGCGUCAGUCGCAGCAGCAGCACCUGGAUGUGCUGCUUGCUGCUGUUAAUCGAGGGAUAGAAGACAGUGAAUGUAUGUUGAACGCCUUCAACUACGUAGAGCAGCUGCAGCAGCAGCAGCAGCAGCUGGCAGCAGCAACAGCGAAGCUGCAGGUGGAGCUAGCGGCGCUGCGGCGGUCGCCCAGGGGAUGUUGGCUGCAGACGCACUUGAGGUGGAAGGACAAGGCUGCGCAAGUGGGGGAGCAGCAGCAGAGGCUACAGCAGCAGAAGAUGCUGUUGCAGCCGCUGCAGCAGCAGGUGGCCCUGGCGCAACAGGUGCUUGUCUAUGUAGAGGCCCCUGCCUGGGCUGCUAUGCGGUCAGAGGCGCUUGGGGCAGCAGUUUAUGGAUUCUUAACAUCAAGACAUUCUCUAGAAAGACGCAGCGAGGCCUUAUGGGAGGCCUUCUGCUCGCAUGCGGCGCGCUUCCACUGCCAGCAGCAGCAGCUGCAGCAGCUGCUGUUGCAGCCGCAGCAGCAACACAACAAGCAGCAAACCGACGCAAAUGGGCGCAAACCAUGA